AUGGAGCGCCGAAAGAAGAAACAACAACCAAAUGAUACUCUUCGUCGAUCUCGUUCUCCCAAGCUCACCGUUUCUCUUGACAUUGUUAAGAAAUCAACUCCUUCUCCCCCACGUGUUGACGGUAUCCGUAGUCUACUUUCUCGUGAAAUCUACUCUCUACAUGAACACAUCGCUCAAUCCUCUCCGUCAGUUGGUAGUGUUCCGCCAGUUGAUCGGAAAUUCUCUGAUCCCGAAUUUUUACCCGUACCCGAAAGUAUUGCACGAGGUGAUGAAGGAACAGCUUUUCUCGGUGUUAAAUAUCAAGGACGUGUCGCACGGUGGCUACGUCCUGAACGUAUUCGAUGGUCUAGCGAUGAUAAACAAUAUUCAUUAGCUGUAUUCAAUCAACCACAUCCGAAAGAUAUUAUUCAAGGUCGUCUUGGUAAUUGUUGGCUUAUUGCUGCAUUAUCAUUAAUUGCAGAAGUACCACAAAUUCUGUAUAAAGUUAUGAUUACAAAACAAUACAAUCCAGCUGGACUUUAUCGAGUACGUUUAUGCAAUCAAGGCAUCUGGCAAGUCGUGACUAUCGAUGAUAUGUUACCCGUCUCAGCAUCGAAUUCUCUUGUCUUCUCACGAAGUAAGAAAAAACAAUUAUUUGCACCAUUAAUCGAGAAGGCACUGGCAAAAAUGCAUGGUAGUUAUAUGGCUCUUAAAUCUGGAAGAUGUGAUGAAGGUUUACAAACAUUAACAGGUGAACCAUGUGAGGUACUCUUUCUACGGUCAUCAGAUCCUGAGAAAAAACCAGAUCUUAAUCAGAUAUGGGCUAGUAUAUUAGAAUCAAGAGCGAAAGGUAAUGUUGUCGAAUCGAAUGCCUCAUUUCAUCUGAUGAACAAAUCUUCAGUCGAAUGGGUAAAAAUGAAAUGUUUGGAGUCAGAUCACGCCUAUAGUAUCCUUGAUGCUCGUCAGGUUAAUUCGCAAAGGCUUGUCCGUCUACGCAAUCCUUGGGGUGAAAAAGAAUGGAAAGGGGCAUUAACCGAAAAUUGGACUAAAUGGCCAAAAACGAUUAAACAUAAGUUUAUUCCAUCUUCAGCUAACGAUGGCGUCUUUUGGAUGCCUUGGGAACAAAUGCCUUCGUUCUUUAGUAGUGUUACAAUCUGUAAAGUGAAUGCUAAUUGGCAUGAAGCUCGUAAACGAGGACAAUUUAGUGAUUUCUCCUCGACGAUCACAUCCGCAUAUGGACUUGAUUGUCCAUAUGGUGCUGAAUUAGAAAUCGAAGUGUUCAAUGCUGGUGACGGAAACUACUACAAUCGUUUGAAAGAUCCCGAUGUCGAUCUCUUUCUGAUUCUUCUCAGUUCAAAUGGCUACUGUCGUGCAUAUAAACACGAUGUAGAUUACUACAUAACAUUAUCAACAGCUGUCCCUCCUGGUCGUUACAUUAUCCUAGCGGGUUCUAUGUCUGUAGUAAAUUACUUAGUUUAUCCAGCAUUCAAUUUGGUGGUGCAUGGUAGUCAACCUUUUGUUGUACAUGAUCAACCAUCAUCGUAUGAGUUAGUCGCUGAUGCUUUUCAUGCAGUGGCAUUCCGGGCAAACAAUCGACAAGAUAUGGGCGGCGGUGUUUCGAUUUUAACAUUUGAUGAUAAUGGAAAUUUUGGUCUUGUUUGUGAGAACAAAUCCAACCGAACUGUUCGACUUAGUAGUAAUUUUCAAGGUUCGAAAAACGUACUCUCAUCGCGGCAUGCUUUUCAAAUGAUUGAUACUAUUCCUGCUAAGACUCAACAACUGAUUGCCAUCUUCACACGCAAAAUGUUUUCUAAUGACGUACAGAUCGCGUAUCAGGCGUCUGGUGAACUACUUGAUCCUGAUCAUUAUAUUCGUGCGAGAAAUAAUCCGCUCGUUCCCCCUCAAGCUCUGGGUCUUCAUAUCCUACGACCUGUUUAUUGA